UUUUCCUUGUCACGUGUUCACGGUGAAGUUACUGUUUUUUGCGACAUUUCCGGUCGUUGUUUUUUGCCAAUUUGCUUGACGACAUUUGUGACAAACCAGUAGAGCCAGCCUUUGGCUGCAAAGCUGUUUCCGAAGAGUUUUUCUUUUUCAUUUGAAGGCAAACCGAAAUAAAAUAAGCCGAGAAAAGAGAUCUUGAUGGCUCACGUAUAAGCCCGCCUGAGGAUAUGAGAUUAACCACAAUGCGAGACGCGUCCACACCUUUUGUGCAGGUUUUGUCUACAGCGCUAGCUAACUGACUAAACUCACUUAGCCCGAUCCUCUCCGUCAGCUUUCAUUCGUGGGGAAAGUACGAGCCAUUUCCAUGUGAGACAUCCGAACGUUUUCACCCCGAGCACUCUGGGUGCUGUCUCUACGCAGACUCACAGCCGGGCUUUGAUCGUACAAUGUGGCUACAGCAAAGACUGAAGGGGCUACCGGGCUUGUUAUCGAGCAGCUGGGCGAGAAGACUCCUGAUAGGACUGCUACUGUUCCUUAUCUUCUAUUGGUACCUGGGAGCAGAGCGCAGAUGGAGGCUGUUCAGCGCCUCGGCCAUGCCCGGCGGGGCGGCCGGACAGUGUCUCCUGACUGAGAUCUACAGGUGGAAGUCUCUGGUAGACCGAGGAGAGGGCAUAUACAGCACACCUCAGGAACAACUAGACACGCCUUUUGUAACUGGUAACGGCCAUAUUCUGGUUGAUAUAGAUUCUAACAAACUUUGGGUAGCCUCAUCCUCACAGCCCGGCUCGGCUCCGGUACACCAGACUGAAUACUCUCCGAGGGUCACCGUCCGUCUCGAAGGGACGCGCGCCGAGGUUCAGGCUACCAUGCUGCGGUUCCGGAAGGGAGCCGUGCUGUCAGUCCGCUGCGCCUCACCAGCCGACCUGCAGUCAGCCCGAGAGUGUGUCACCAUCAGAGAGGAGUUUAUCGCUCACAGAAGCAGGCCGAAUGUCUUUCUGCAGCGAAUCCACAUCAACAAUCCGUCUGACAGGGCCCUGAACUUUGACAUAUCGCCUGGAAAUCCCUCUUUCGGUAGCAAGUUCUCCGCUAGUGUGGAGACACUGGAGGACAGAGAGGUAGUCCUUUCCUCUGGCAGGGUGCCAGUGGAGAAAAACAGGAUGGUUCUGGUAGUGGUGGUUACCAACAAACUGACCAACAGGAUCCAUGUCGUGGCUAAGUCAGAACACAAAGACAGCAUUCUGUCAGUGGUGUGGACCUCGGAGGCCAUCGAGUCCUCAAAGCUGGAGGAGACCUUCAGGAUCCUCAGAGACGGAGCCAAAAAGGAGCUGGGAGAGCUGCUGAGGACCAAUGAGGAUGACCUGGUUGAAGGCCACCAUCAAGCCUGGAUAGACCUCUUCAUUUCAGGUGUUGAAAUGAGGAAGAUCAUUGACUCCCACACCCCAUCGAGCCGCACGGUGAACACCACCCUCUACUACGUCUUGUCCUCUUCCACAGCUCCCCUGCUGGACCAAAGGCUAAACAGCGAGGAGCACGCCCGUCUCGAAUCCAGUCUUAACUACGCGGAUCACUGCUUCAGCGGCCACGCCACCAUGCACGCAGAAAACCUGUGGCCCGAGAGGGUGAGCAGCACUGCUCAGAUCUUGCAGCUGGUCACACUGUGGACUCUGACUCUGCACAAAAGAGGCUGCAAGGUGUUGGUAGCUGCCGGGGCCCAUGGAGUCAUGCAGGGCAUGGUGCUCAGCUUCGGUGGCCUUCAGUUCACAGAGAACCAUCUUCAGUUCCAGGCUGACCCGGAUGUGCUGCACAACAGCUACGCCUUGAGAGGCAUUCACUACAACCAGGACCUCAUCAACCUGGCGGUGCUGUUGGAUGUGGAGGGAAAGCCUUUUCUUCACGUGUCGGUGAAGCCCCAGGAGAAGCCCGUGAAGCUGUACGCCUGCGAGGCCGGCUGUCUCAACGAGCCCGUGGAGCUCACGUCCGAGAUCAAAGGCCACACCUUCCCUGUCAUGGUAACGCAGCCCAUUACGCCUCUGCUCUACAUCUCCACAGACCUGCGCCAUCUGCAGGACCUCCGCCACACUCUGCACCUAAAGGCCAUCCUGGCUCACGAGGAGCACAUGGCCAACAGGUACCCAGGCCUGCCCUUCCUCUUCUGGUUCAGCGUGGCCUCGCUCAUAACGCUCUUCCACCUUUUCCUAUUCAAGCUCAUAUACAACGAGUACUGUGGCCCCGGAGCCAAGCCCCUCUUCAGGAGCAAGGUGGCCGGCAAACACGAGGAUAGCUGCCAUGACUCCUUGGACGCUGCUUGAAUGCUGCAGCAGUGCGAUGCACACGUUGUUCGUGUGCUCGUUGCUGUGCUUGAGCUCGGGGCAGGUAUUAACACGGCUGUGCUGCUGAAGCUGAAAUGACCUUUAGGUCACAGCUGUGACCGAACGUUGUAUUUUUAAAGAAUCUCAUCAGCUGCAGAGUAAUUACCCCUCUCAAAAAAAAAAUUAAAAAAAAAUUCAAAUUGAAUUAAGUUUCUGUUUUGACUCUUCACCCAAACAAUCUAGAAAAUUCAGCUCUUGAACCCAAACUCUGAUCUUUUCCUAAACCAAAGCUAAAAAUCAAGAGAAAGAAAAUAAUAGUGAUAGUGUUGUUAAAGUGACUGACUCACACAGAUGAAUAUGAAGACAGAAGUGAUUCACACCUGUACCUGAGGAAAGUUAAGGCUUUCAGGAGUGAGGACGCAGCACUGACAGCAUGAGAAAUGUAAUCAGAGCUGUCAGCUCCUUCAUGGUCGUAGCUUUGUGGUUCUCAUUUUUGGGUCCGGCUUCAUGAAUGUGUGUGAAUUUGCUCCAUUCAGCAAUAGUGGGCUAGAAGUUUUUAUUAAUAAAACAUUCUUUUUUUUCCUGGCAUAGAAGUGGAAAUACAUAAACAAUUUUGUCCAUCUGUUUUUAUGACAGUAAUUAAUAAAGUGCUAGUUGCAGCCUUGUAGCGUAGUCUGGGAAUUAGCUCUUCUGUAGCAGAACAAACACGUCGCUCCUAAGAUUAGAACCUGUAAGGACCUGUUACAAAGUGGAGCUGAUGCAGCACUUUAAAAACCUUUACAGCUCUUUCACUCUGAGCCAACUCCAACAAGCUGGAGUUGGCUCAGAGUUGCUGUGGUUCACAUGAUUUUAGCAUCUUUCAAAUCAUUCUGGUAUGUCAGGUUUUGCUUGUCAGCGACUAAUCAGAAUUAUUUCUUAUGACGAGGUUUUGAACCUUCAAGGCAGAAGCACAAACGGGGAUAAUGUUUAACUUCAUUGAUCAAUUAAACCACGUGCAUGUGUGUGUUUACAUAUACAAAAAAUAAAUAAAUAAAAAUAUAUAUAUAUAUAUAAAUAUAAAUAAUAUAUAUGUCUUGUGAAAUACCUUGUCAUAAAGUUAAUGAGCCUUCAUUUCGCCUUUUCAUUAUAGUUCUAUGCACCUAUCUGCCUUUUUUUACUCACUACAAAUGCGGUGUGUUUGGAAGCUUUUCUUCUUUACAGCCUGUAACACGUUUGAACUUUUCUAACACAUCAACCAUAUAAUAUUUUCUUUGUGCUAUUGCUUUACUUAUCAGUAAAUCUUCCAAGUGUCUAGAAAUCAGUCACUCGCCCUUGUUUUUAAAGGGGAACUUUGGUUUAUUACAGCUUUAGUGCCUUCUCUGUAAAUUUGGCAGGUGUUCCUUUAUUGCUCAUAAUAAUUUAAAAGUCAUAGGUGUGUCAUGUGAUGCAUUGUAUAUAUUAUAAGGUAAAGACCCUACAGUAAUACAGAAGAAAGCCCAAUAACCUAUGAGCAAGCAUUUGGUGAUGGUGGUAAGGAAUAGCUCCCUUUUAACAGGAAGAGACCUCCAAGAGAACCAGGCCCAUGAUCACUAACAUGAAGCUCACAGGCCUUGGCCUUCAUAGGCUCUGGCCUUGUUGGGUUAACAGACAUUGUAGAACCUUCAGCAUCACUCAAGUAAGUGUGUGUAUAUAUUUGAGCCUGUAUGCAUACUUUAAACACUAUGUGGCUCAGAGAAAAUCCAGACUAAAUUCAAACUUGUUGCUUUUUUGUUUAAAGAUAGAAUUACCAUGACGUUUAUGUCCAUGAUGGAAACAUUACUGGGCAUCAUGUUUGUAGCAGUGGAAAUCGGAUAAUUUAUUUAGUAAUGCUUUCAUUUAUAAUAUUAAUUUGCGAGGGAAGUAUGAGGAUGUGAUCAGGCCAGCUUUAGUACCAACACUGUACUCUAGUCUCUGCAGUAAAAUGAGACGAGGCCAAGAUCACAUCAUUAAUAACCUCCUCCAGCUUUUGUGCUGUGAUCAAUUUUUAAAUCAAUUAUUGAAGCUCUUCAUAAACCAGUCCUCUGCAAAUGCUCAAUUCCUUUGAGGGUUUUUUAAGUAAAUGAAAGGUUGGGCUUUGGUUUGCAGUGGGCUAACACACCUGUACUGUCAGGUAACGGGUUUUUAAAGUGUGUGUGUGUGUAUGUAUACAUUUCUACUAACUGUUCCUAAUCUUACACACUAUUAAUAAGUUGUAGAUGUUUUGUGUUUGUCAGUGGAGAUUUUUCUGUCAGUGUACUUUCAUCAUCACAUUAUGAUCAUAUCUGAAGAUUUUUAGUUUGUGGGUUUUGAUCAAGAAUCUUAUGUGAACUACUGAGUGUGCCUUAUAAUGAAGAAAGAAGCUCGUUUACUGUACUUGAAAUAAGUGGAUAGUUUGUGGUCUGUAAAUUUAAAGCAAAAGAGUUUAUUUUUGUCUUACAUUGGGGAGAAUAAAUCAGUGAAUUAUUGUGAGAAAAUGCUGAAAUGUGUUGUAAAUUUGUUAUAUGUAUUUCUGGGUGUCACGUUUUUAAAACUUCCUUCAGCUCCUGCCCAAACUUGAAAAAGGCUGACUCCACACAAAAGGAUGCUGGGACAAGUCCACUCAGUUUAAGUGCUUUUUGUCUUUUUGUUGGAGUUGCAAGCAUUCGGUGCAGUGGCAAAUGAGCAGGUGGAUUAAUGGAUGAGUAGGUUGAUAACAGACAUGUACAUUAAACAUCAAUUUAUAACUAAUUCACUGCAGCCUGAAAAAGAUUUGUUUUAAACUGCAUGAUCGAUAAACGCACUACUUUUAGCAAGA